CUUGUUUAAGAGGAACUAGAGAACAGUAAAUAGUUGAGCAGUUAAUCAAUAAUUAAAUCGAACUCUUAUGUUUACAAUCGGAGGGUAAAAAUAAAUAAUGGGUUGAAAACUUAUGCUUUGCCCUCAAUUUUACUUAAUUAAAAUCAUGACCCAGAAAAUUUGAUGAAAUCAGAAUUAACAACAUUUAGAUCACUCUCAAAUGAUGUUGAUUCAAAGUAACUUCAGGAGUUUUAAAGUAGAAGUCAUAUUAUUCAGUCUCAUUAAAUAUAGAUAGUACAAUCACCUCUCUUUAAACCAAAUAAAUAAGCCUGUUAAAUCUGUUUUAAUGAACUCAAUAACAUCACCAUAAUUGAAUAAUGCAAUCACCAAUUUUGACAAAAAUGUAUUUCCUUAUAUUUAUACAAUACAAUAAUAUCUGGCAAAGUGCAAAAGAUCACUUGGCCAUAGCUUGGCUGUUCUACAGUUUUGAGU